CAGUCUUGAAUCAAAAUUAUUUUUCAAUUUUAUUUUGGUCAUUUCCAAUUCCAUUCUUGAAACUUUCAUGACUCCACAAUCUGGAGAAAUUGUGAUCUGGGUUCUAGUUAUUUUGUGAGGGAAACUUUGAAGUGGGAAUUCAUUUGUGUUUAGUGGUUGAUGAGAAUUUGAUAAUUGAAUGGCUGUACAAGAGCUGGUUGAGAUCAAAUUUAGGCUUGCUGAUGGAAGUGAUAUUGGGCCAAAUAAGUAUGCAUCUAGCACUACUGUGGCAUCUCUCAAAGAUAAGUUGAUUAAAGAGUGGCCAAAAGAUAAAGAUAAUUGUCCAAGGACGACAAAUGACGUGAAGCUUAUCAAUGCUGGAAGGAUCCUUGAAAAUAGUAAAACUCUUGGUGAAUCCAGACUUCCAGCCGUUGAAGUUCCAGGAGGUGUCAUCACUAUGCAUGUUGUUGUACGGCCCCCCGUUAAUGAUAGAAACAAUGAUAAGCUGGACGAUGAUUCCCUUAAAAAAGGCGGGUGUUCUUGUACAAUCUUGUAAUUUAGUAAUGGAAUUGUUCCACUUUGGUUAUAUUUCAUGGCUCUAUAUAAUUUUCAGUUGGAGAGUCUUUUGGAUGCAUUAACAAGUAUCCAAAGAGUAAAACUUAAUUAGUGAAAAAAGAAAAAGAUAUAAAAAUGUGAAAAAGUUUGGAGAUAAAGAUACCAUUCUGCUCUGACUUUUUGAUUCAGAAUGGAGGGAUACCAGGUAGUCUCUUGGUAUAUAUCUGCUAGAACUAUAGAAAGGGAAUAACUUUUUUUUUACUUUGGCUUAAAACAAUUUCCACGUCAGCAAUAUCUAUCGAAAUAUUGUCGGUUGAGUGAUUUUGUAGGUGAAAUGACGAUAGUUGAAGAUUUUGUAGGUGAAAUGAUAAUAAUUAAGUGACUUACUAAUAAUACAAAACAAAGUUGAGUGACGUUUGUGUUGCAAAACAAAGUUGAGUGAUUAAUUUUCUGUGAUCAAAGUUGUUAGUUGAGUGACGUUUAUGUCGUAAAACAAAAUUGAGUGACUUUAUGUAAGUUGUUAGUUGAAUGGACUGUCUGGGUCUGGCUGCACUUAGCCUCAGUGAUGCUGCUCCAAUUCCACUUGGAAUCAGUCGACUACAUCAAUUUAAAUUGUUUCAGUUGUCUCCCUAUGUGUUCUCUUUCUGUGUGUAUACAUCUAUCUGUGGUGCAUUAUUUAACUUCAGCAAAUAAAAGCUCAAAACACUUUGCAUAUGAAAAAUAAUAAUGAGGAGCUUAGGGUGUGUUUGG